AUGGGGAACUAUUCCCUCGGGGGCGAAAUGCACUUGAGCUCUCUCCAAGCCGAGACGAUCGUCUACCCAGCAGCCAAACGGUAUGCCUGCGACCGUUGUCGCACUCAGAAACUGCGGUGCCCACGCGAACAGCAGGGUGUACAUGAUCCCUGCGCUCGUUGUAUCCGAGCUGGAGUGGAGUGCGUUACCAGCGAUGCCAAACCCUCGGGCCGCCCAUCGCGCUCCGAUCAUCGCCCGAUUCCGCCCUCCCGGAGGCAACAUCCACAACAUCCACAACCACCACAACCACCACAACCACCACAACCAAGCAUGGACAGCAUUCAGACUAUCGAGACUCUCGAAAAUGACACUGGGAUCACCCCCUCAACCAUCCCUCCAAUCAUUGACCCCACCACUAAUCAGACCAUGGCAGAGGGCUGGGAUAAUGCAUUUCUCCAAUGGAACCACCAAAACGGGUUCUCCUUGGGGCAUCACGACCACCACACCCCCUCCCUCAAUGACACCACCAUGUUGAAUGGAGACGCGGCUCCAACCAACUCGGAUCUCGCCCUUGCAUUCCCACCCUUGGCGACCGAUACACCAUCCUUGACGCCUCCAUCUGCAUCGGCCUGGGUCGACCCAGCUGAGCCCCUGCAGUUUCCGGACCGCGAAGAGGAUGCCGUGCGACGGUUGGCCUCGCUUGCGGGAUCACUACAAGCCCUCUUGACCCGCAUGGACCCUUCACUGUGGGAUAGUAUCUUACUGAACAUUGCGUGCUCAAACGGGUCCGGUCCGGUUACCGAGCUGCCAAAAUGGAACCCACUGGAUGAGGCGCUCAAGGGCACCGCUGAAUUCGUCGCCAUCCUGCAGGCGUUACACCCCUCCCCAUCGCCCUCCGGUUCCUCUUCUCAGCCACGUCUCAGCCCGGCAGGAUCUGCAGAGAGAUUCCCGACCGACUCGGGCCCCAAUCGAUCAUUUGUUGGGGGAAGUCCAAUGAGUGGGGGAAGUCCCUCCCAGACCGCCGUGUUCUCCACCCCCACGGUUCUCAUGGUCAUUGCAUGCCACAUGCAGAUCAUUCAGCUCUACGACUUCAUCUUCACGCAGGGUCAAAUCUCUCUGCAGGCCAUGCCGGAAGAGGACAUUGCCAGCUUUCGCAUGCUGGGCGGGUUGCAGGUGGCAGGGAUCCCGCUGACCCAGGGCCAUCUGCAAGUGAAGAUCCUCAUCCAAGUGAUCGAGCACCAAUUGCAUCGCAUGGAGAGGCUGAUGGGGCUUCCCGUGGAGUUCCGGAUCUCCGGUCGCUCGGAGGUAUACCAGGGCUUAUUCAAUACUUUGGAAUCGGUGACCUUGCUACGGGCUGCCUUGAGCCGGACGGAGGAAAUGCAAAGCACUACGGGCGUUCAUCAGAUCUUGUCGCUGAAAGAAAACAUGAAGAGAAUCCAGCAGAUGUUAUGA